UCUCCCGCGGAGCCACGCUGGAGGGGUUGAGGUGCAGAGCGAGUGCCCUGGGGUGGAGGAUGAUGUAACGCAGAGUGUCGCCCUCCCAUGCUAAGAGCAGCCAGCUCCAACCUUCGUUAGUAUAAGUGUCCGCGCAGUGCCUGGAGAUGACAACGAAGAGGAAGAUAAUUGGGCGUCUGGUUCCGUGCCGCUGUUUCCGGGCCGAAGAGGAAGUCAUCUCAGUGCUCGACUACUCCCACUGCAGCCUCCAGCACGUCCCCAAGGAGGUGUACAGCUUCGAGCGCUCGCUAGAGGAGCUGUACCUGGACGCCAAUCAGAUAGAUGAGCUGCCCAAGCCUCUGUUCGGCUGUCAGGCCCUGCGGAAGCUGAGCGUCCCAGACAAUGAUCUGUCCAGCCUUCCCACCACCAUCGCCAGCCUGGUCAACCUCAGGGAGCUGGACAUCAGCAAGAACGGAAUUCAGGAUUUUCCAGAAAGCAUCAAGUGUUGCAAAUACCUCUCAGUUAUCGAAGCCAGUGUCAAUCCCAUCUCCAAGCUCCCGGACGGAUUCACACAGCUCCUGAACCUAAGCCAGCUAUACCUGAACGACGCCUUUUUGGAGUUUCUCCCGGCAAACUUCGGGAGACUCACCAAGUUACGGAUCCUGGAACUGCGAGAAAAUCACCUGAAGACGUUACCAAAAUCGAUGCACAAACUGACCCAGAUCGAUCGGUUAGACCUGGGAAGCAACGAAUUCACAGACCUGCCUGAGGUCCUGGACCAGCUACACAGCCUGAAGGAGCUGUGGAUGGACAAUAAUUCCCUACAGACAGUCCCUGGGCCUCUGAGCAAGCUGAAGCAUCUGACAUACCUGGACGUGUCUAAGAACAGGAUCGAGACGGUGGAGCUGGAGAUCUCGGGGUGUGAGGGGCUAGAGGACCUCCUGCUCUCCUCCAACAUGUUACAGCAGCUGCCUGACUCCAUAGGUCUCUUAAAGAAACUCACGACGCUGAAAGUGGACGAUAACCAGUUAAACACGCUUCCCAACACGAUCGGAGGUCUCUCUUUGCUGGAGGAGUUUGACUGUAGCUGUAACGAACUGGAAUCCCUGCCCCUCACCAUCGGGUACCUGCACAACCUCCGCACUUUCGCUGCCGACGAGAACUUCCUCACUGAGCUGCCCAGAGAGAUCGGGAGCUGUAAAAACGUGACAGUGAUGUCUCUGAGGACAAACAAGUUGGACCGACUGCCGGAGGAGAUCGGGCAGAUGCAGAAACUCAAGGUCCUCAGCCUGAGCGACAACCGGUUAAAGAAUUUACCUUUCAGCUUCACGAAACUUAAAGAACUGGCUGCCCUCUGGCUCUCUGAUAACCAGUCCAAGGCGUUGAUCCCGCUGCAGACGGAAUCUCAUCCCGAAACCAAACAGCGAGUGUUGACCAACUACAUGUUUCCACAGCAACCGCGCAAUGAUGAAGACUUCCCCUCAGACACUGACAGCUUCAACCCCACUUGGGAGGAGCAGAGGCAGCAGAGGAUGCAGGUGGCUUUCGACUUCGAAGAGAAGAAGGAGGAGGCGGAGGCCAAAGGCAAAGUUAAGGUUGAGAUCAACUUGAAGAGGUACCCGACCCCUUACCCCGAGGACCUGAAGAACAUGGUGAAGUCCGUGCAGCACCUGGUCGGCAAGCACAGCGGGGGAGCCUCCGCCGUCAACUCGGGCGCCGCCACUGAGCCGGAACGUUCCGGAAAGGAGAAGUAUGAUCACAAGUGGCCCGUGUCAACGAAAGAGGUCACACUUCAGGAUUCCUUAAGGGAGUCUCCGAGCGACAUGAGACUGGGGGACAUGAGAUCAAGCAUGGCCGAAACUCCGCUCUUUAAACCCAAGGUCGUCUUGUUCAAGGAGAAGAAAGAGUUGUCAGACGAAUCAGAGGGCGAGCGGGUGAACAACAGUGGCUCAUCGGGCACCUUCUCGGACUACUCACCCUCGCAGGGCUCUUCGGGCUCCUCUGGGAUCCCCAUUAAAGUCAGCACUUUACAAACAGCCGUGAAGGACAGCGUCCCCGGGACCUCCUGGGGCAACAGGUUGAGCCAGACCUUCCAGCAAACACUGGAGGCCAAGCCAUUACUGAGCCAACGGGAGGUGGGGCCAAAUGUCAGCCUGGUGGGGCAGCGAGCGGAGAGACGGCCGGUGUCCGAGCCCUUCCCGGACAAGUGGCCGGACGGCUCCCAUUACGACAACACGGGAUUCGUGGCCGACGAGAAGACGGCGGGGAUGGACACCACGGGGGGUGGGGCCGGAGCCCACCCCAUGUUGAGCUCCAAGUCCCGCAGCCUCUCCGCCCAGAGCCGCCGGCCCCUGAUGAGGCAGGACCGCAUCGUGGGGCUCCCCCUGGAGCUCGAGCAGAUCCCACACACUGUCCACAGUGCUCCCGACUCCGAGCCCCCCCCUCCCACCCUCUGGCAGAACUGGACCCGCACCCCCAGCCCCUUCGAGGACCGCACUGCCUUUCCCUCCAAGCUGGACAUCACCCCCGCCAGCAGCCCCUCCCCUGGCAGGAAAGACCCCGAGACCGAGCCCCCGCGGACAGAGGGGGGAGGGUCCGCUGUCAACUUCCCUGGAAGGUUCCCGCCCCAGGCCUCCUGGGGGUAUCUGGACUCCGAGGGGCCCCGGGGCCAGACGGACAGGUUCUCCCACCUCUGCCGGCCCGAGUCGGCCAAAGUGUCCACCUACGGCAGCCGGAGCUCUGACAGGCCGAUGCCCAUGAUGAGGGGGCUCCGAGCCAGUCAGUUCAAGAAGUCGCAGAGCAUCGAUGAGAUCGACAUUGGGGCCUUCAAGGUCUACAACAUCCCCCUGGACAGCUAUGGUUGCAGCAUUGAGAACCCGGGCAGCGUGGACCUGCCCGAUCCGGGGCCCGAGCCCCCCGGCAUGUCUCGCAGCCGCUCGGCCCCCAUGUUGGAUGAGGAGCUCCUCGAAGCCUACUCUGGGACCGGGGGCAAAGGCUCCCACAACAAGGUCCCCGUCACCAAAAAGGUCUAUCACUUCGACCACAGCUUCAACCCCCAGGGGCCGAUAGACGUGAAGCCCGAGAGGCGGGUCACCACCUCCUUCACACACAACGUGGAUUAUGGAGGCCACCAGGGCAAGGGAUCCUCCAAGGAGCCUGUGGGACCUCCCACCUUCCGCGGCUACCAACCCAUGGACCACAUGUACUCCUUCUCUCAGCCCUCGGUCAACGAUGAGACACUUAACCCUCGCUUUGCCGGAGGUCAGCCCAGCUUCCUGAGGCAGUCGGACUCACUGGCCACCUCGACCGAGAUGAUGCUCCAUCGGAGGGCGGUUGAGACCCCCGAGGUCUUGCAGGGCGAGCGCUACGUCAGGACUCACUACCGGGGGGUGCUGGAGCACCAGAACAGCGCCUCACUGGUGGAAUCUCAAUUCCUCAAGAGGAACGGGAGGUUUGAAGAGGACUACCCUACCUUCCAGGAGGUGAAGAACCAGGCGAGGAACUUCCAGGACAAGCCCUUGACCCAGAGAAGGCCGCUGUCUGCCCGGAGCUACAGCACGGAGACUUACGGGCAUUCCCAGGCCAGGCCGGUGUCCGCCAGGCCUACCAUGGCGGCCCUGAUGGAGAAACUGCCCUCGGACUAUAACAUGGGCACCUACGGGGGCAGGAAGGCUUCUGAGAGCUGCGAGCUGAGGAGCAGACCCACCCAGCUGAAAGGAGAGGACCUCACCUCCAAGUUCCCCAUGGACUGGAGACAGCAGUUACUCAGGCACAUAGAAGCCAAACGGUUGGACCGGACGCCGUCGCAGCAGAGCAACGUCCACGACAGUGAGAUGGAGGACCUCUCGCCCGGGGGUCCCUGGAGCUCGUACGGGCUGGGGCGGAGGGACGUGCCGCCCGAGAGCAUCAUUAAAAAGCUUCCUGAGUCUUUGCCUAAUGGGCUGAAUUACCCACAGGCAGGUAGCCACCCUCACCCCCACCCCCAGCCAGUGCCAGGCCCAGGGCAAGGGCAAGGGCAGGGGCCAGGGCCGAGCGGGCUGGCAGGCGGCCCCCAGCACAGGGGCAGGGAGCAGCAGUACGAGGGGGCCGUGUCCAAGGUGACGCUACAGCACUACCAGCAGCCGCUGCAGAUCGGCAUCUCGUCCUCGCAGGGCGCAGGUCCCAGAGCAUCGCAGCCCAGUCGCUGCCUCACGCAGAUCAAAGCACAAAAGAGCAGCGAAGUUUAUCAGGAGCAGUUCUGUGUGAGGAUAGAGAAAAACCCUGGACUGGGCUUCAGCAUCAGUGGAGGCCUGGGCGGGCAGGCGAACCCCUUCAAGCCAUCUGACAUGGGGAUCUUCAUCACUAGAGUGCAGCCCGAUGGCCCCGCAUCCAACCUCCUGCAGCCCGGAGACAAGAUCCUGAAGGCUAACGGACAUAACUUUGUGCAUAUGGAACAUGAAAAGGCUGUGAAUCUCCUGAAGAGCUUUCAGAGCACGGUGGACCUGAUUAUCCAGCGUGAAAUCACAGCCUAG